AUGGGAAGGCUUAUCAAGAACCACUUGGCGAGGCUCAUUGUGCUUGCCGCGGGACUUUACCAAGUCGCUGCUGCGUUCGAAGGGUUCUUCUGGCCCAAGAUCUUUUGGGAUUUCGCCACAAAGACGCUCGAUCCAGCCGUCAAACCAAUACCAGUCCUCCAGACGAUCAAUCUAGUCUUCGGCCUCAUCCUACUCGCCUGGGAAUGGCCGCUAAGCUUCCUAGCCGGCUCCAGCCUCCAUCGCAGCCUCGAGGCACGCCUCGCCUUCCUACCGCUGACCGCCCUUGCUGCUGCGCUACUGUACCAGGGCACCAACGCCGCCAUCUACCAAAUGAUUGGGUUGGGUGUCUACUUUUGGGCUUACAGUGAAGGAGAGAUGAUCUGCGCGAAGCCAUGGACUCUACCACAAAGGACAACGUCGGGGCCGCGCGUAUAA